AUGCAACCCAUCUCCUUAGCCAAGUACAUUCAAAAAUCUCCCUUUUUGUAUAAGCUUUUGAAGCCUGUUUCUCAAGCUUAUAUCAACCUUGCUGGUUAUCGUAAAUUUGGUCUUCGUUACGAUGAUUUGACUUUAGAAGAAAACGAGGUUGUUGAAAAGGCUUUGAACCGUUUGCCGGAACAAGAAUCCUUCGACAGAGUGUACCGUAUCCGCCGCGCCAUGCAGUUGAGCAUCGAAAACAAAAUCUUGCCCAAAUCUGAAUGGACAAAGGGUGAAGAGGACACCCUUUACCUUCGUCCUAUCGUCAAGCGUGUCGCGGAGGAGAAGCAAGAACGUGAGGCUUUUGACUCUCUCAUUGUCGACAGAACCCCCAAGCAAGCCGCUCCCUCUCAUUAA